AUGAAUUCCCAUAUUGUCCUCCCGGACAUGAUGAUGAUUCCAACAGAAACUCGAGUUCGAGGGCUUGCUCUUUACGAUCCUGAGCAAAUGGAGACUCACGUGACCAUGAGUACCCCCCACAACCCGACAAUACGUUCUAGAUCUAGAUCUCCAAGACCUGGUUCACGAAAAUCAUCCGUCGCAUCUAGAACUCAGUCACGUGGCCGUUCACCUGUUGCAGCCCGUCGCCUUUCACCACAAAUCAAUGCUGAUCGCCUUCUUACUCCUGAUUUGCUCAGCACUCCUGGAUCGAGACGGGCAAAAUCCCCUCUUGGCCGAAAACUCGAAACAGAAGGCAGUUUUUAUGGAAAGCAGCAAAUGACCCGAAAUGACCACAGCUUUCUUUCAACCAGCAGCUUUGCGCCAUCCUCCGGAAGCGACGAAGAAAUAGCCGAAGAAGUCGAUCCGAAGAAUGAGCUCAAGGAAUUGCAAGAAAGACAGAAGAAAAAGAAGAUGAUCAAAAAAGAAGCGCAACAAGAGUUGGUCGCGAUUAAAAGAAUCAACAGUCGAUCGAGUCUGAACAAGAGCCAGGAAGACAUCAGUGCCGCAGUUAAUGAGAUCAACCUUCAAAUUGCGGCAAUGGACAAUGUUUUUGGUGCUACAACAUCAGAUUCAUUCAAGAUCGAGAACUUCGGCGCAGGAAAAAAUAAAAGCCCAAAAUAUGUUAUCAAACUCCCGAAGCAAAAGAUGGGAGGCCUUCUCGACCAGCCAAUUCCACCGAUGAUGAAGUCCAACUCGUACGCUGAAGUUGAUCUUCCAGAUUGCUUGGUCAAAGUGAAGGGUUUUUCGCCAAUUCGAAUUAACAAAUACGGAGAAAAGCACUUUGACAUGCAUUUGGAAACAACAGAUAAGCGAGAUCGAAGUCAUAAACGAGAAAAAUCAAUUGGCGUCAAGUUGAGCGUGGACAAAAUUCAAAACAUGACAAAUGCCCUGCAAAACAUCAGCAAUCCUCGAAUCUCCACCGUCACCUUCUCCCUCCAUACGCCUCCCCAACUCUGGCGAGAAAUCAUCCAAAACUUCGGAAAAUUUGCAAAAUGA